AUGCCUGCUAAGUGGAACACUCACACUAGAAACAACAAUGUGACUCCUAACCUGGACCCACAUUGUUGCCCUCUGGCUCCUAGGCAUGACAAUUCUCCAACAACUGGCCCCCAAAGAGCACCAACCCCUUACCCUUCCUACCUCCAGACACUAGAAGAGCGUUUCACAGCUGGAAUAAUAGAGAUGCUGGCUCCUAUUUGGCCUAUCCUAAGUUUUUCUUCCCAACAAGAAUCUGAUGACUCUUCACUAGAAUUUCUCAAUGAGGGAGGACCCCCAGACUCCUCUAAUAGCAAUGCCAUAGUUCUGCAUCAAUUUCCUGGUCCCCUGGAGAUCCCUCAUAAUACCUCAGAAGCAUCCACCAGAUCUUACCACAUUGCUCCUGCACAUGUUUUCCCAUCCUCAUCACCUAUAAAUGUCUCCUCCUCCCCAAACCCUGACAGCACCACUGCUGCAUCCACUGACUCUCCCAAUAUGCUGCCCCUUGCCUCUGAUGUCUCUGACAAUGGUAGCCUUGACCAUGCUCCUAAUCUACAGCGUCUAGCUAAUGUCAGCGAGUACAUCACAGCAUCAGAAGGAUACAGCAGCGAUCCACAGGAGUUCAUGGUCUAUAGCGACGACACAAUCCAACACCCCUCCAACAACAUUACUCAAUCUUGGUGA